GAGGGGUAGCCAUGUUGGCAUCAGUGAGACAGAGACAGGGGAGAGGAGUAGCCAUGUUGGCAUCUUACAGGUGGUUGGCACCAGUGAGACAAACUCUCACCACGUUGACCCUGAGGUCUCCACCGGCCAAUCAGACACUCCCCAAGGAGAGGACCAGCCACUGAACACUCUGACUGAGACUCUCAUACACCUAGCCCCCACUCACACUGACCACCAAACACCAACGCACUACACACCUUUCACUGAAUCAGAGACCGAGAGACCGGAGGACAAGGAGGAAGAGGAGGAGGAGAUGGAGCAAGAGGAAGAGGAAGAAAACCACUCAGAUACUGAGCCCCAAGCGAAAGAAGAGACAGGCCCCAUUCAGCCAGAGGAACCUGUGUUAAAAUCCUGUUCCAUGGACAAGCCAUCCACUGAAACUAACCACAGAGAGGCAGAACUACAACGGACCCCAGGAGUGAUGUUUCACGACCCUCCACCUCCCUCGCCCCAGUUAACCCAGUCCCCAGCCCAGUUAACCCAGUCCCCAGCCCAGUUAACCCAGUCCCCAGCCCAGUUAACCCAGUCCCCAGCCCAGUUAAGCCAGUCCCCAGCCCAGUUAACCCAGUCCCCAGCCCAGUUAACCCAGUCCCCAGCCCAGUUAACCCAGUCCCCAGCCCAGUUAACCCAGUCCCCAGCCCAGUUAACCCAGUCCCCAGCCCAGUUAACCCAGUCCCCAGCCCAGUUAAGCCAGUCCCCAGCCCAGUUAACCCAGUCCCCAGCCCAGUUAAGCCAGUCCCCAGCCCAGUUAACCCAGUCCCCAGCCCAGUUAACCCAGUCCCCAGCCCAGUUAACCCAGUCCCCAGCCCAGUUAACCCAGUCCCCAGCCCAGUUAACCCAGUCCCCAGCCCAGUUAACCCAGUCCCCAGCCCAGUUAACCCAGUCCCCAGCCCAGUUAACCCAGUCCCCAGCCCAGUUAACCCAGUCCCCAGCCCAGUUAACCCAGUCACCAGCCCAGUUAACCCAGUCCCCAUCCCAGUUAACCCAGUCCCCAGCCCAGUUAACCCAGUCCCCAGCCCAGUUAACCCAGUCCAGCCAGUGCUCCCAGUCUUCAGUCUUUCCUAAGUCCCAGACACUGACAGAGGCCCACAACAUCAAUGCUGCUGUCCUCAGUUCUGGGGUGCUCUGUCUGCCUGGAACAAGAGAUAGGGGAGGUCGAGCCCUGGUGACCGUGACCACGAGGAACACCGGCUGGUUGAACCCCAGCUGUGACUGUGGAGAACUGGUCAGAAUCCUGGUCUACUACUACACAAUGCUCAGGAAGGAGGUGCGUUCCCUAGGGUUGACAGUCCUGGUGGACUCCCGGCGGUGCUCCCCUGUCCCCGCUCUGUUCAACGCCUUCAACAUACUUCAGGAUGCUUUGCCCGGCUGUAUCUACACUGUCCUCUUACUGGCUGAUAGAGACCUGGUUCUACGCCUGGAGAAACCCUCUGCCGUACAGGUGGAGUUGUUGACCUCUCUGAAGUCUCUCUAUAAGCAUGUGGAGGUGUCUCAGCUGCCUACUGAGUUUGACGGAUCCUUCCCCUUUUCACACAGCGCCUGGGUCUGCUUCAGAACGAGAGUGGAACAGCUAACCAGUCACUGUGAGGACGCUGUCAACCUUCUGCAGAGUACCAUCACUGUUCUGGAGUCUACUGUCCUGCCAGCUACCGCUGAGGAGGCCCAGGUGUUACUUGCCAGGUACAGGGGUGUGAUGUGUACCGUCCUGGAGGACAGCCGAUUGGCUAGAUUACAGCUGGAGGGCGGAGCCAUCCUGUCCCGCCUCCGUAAAGAGGAAACCAGUGUCAGCCUCAGCAUCGACUACAGAGAUGCCGUAGAGGUUGUGGCUGGUCUGUAUGAUCAGGUGGAUGAGCUGGUUCACAAGCUGGUGAUGCUGUCCAACCAACGCACUCAGGAACUGGACUUUAUCAUGGAGUUCAAGAGUCUGGAGCAGGGAUUCAAGGAGGUGAGGGACUGGAUUGAGGAGGUUGGAGAGAGGCGUCUGGGGACCCUCAGAGAGCUGGAUGAUUCUCUGGAGCAGCUGCACAGGAGACAGACCCUCUUCAGAGACUUCUACACUGCUGCCUACAGGGUAGAAGACACCAAGACCAACAUCGACAAGACCGUUCGUCCUCACGAGUUGAGUUCUUCUAUAGGACAAGCUCUGUCGAGGUCAAAGUUCGAUCCUUCUGGGUCCACCUGCACGACUUUCCAGAGGGUCACCAACAUCGACUCUCUCGAGUUCUUCGACAAGGGUCUCCCAGAGUCUACCAACCAGGGUCUCCCAGAGUCUACCAACCAGGGUCUCCCAGAGUCUACCAACCAGGGUCUCCCAGUCUACCAACCAGGGUCUACCAACCAGGGUCUCCCAGAGUCAACCAACCAGGGUCUCCCAGUCUACCAACCAGGGUCUACCAGAGUCUACCAAUCAGGGUCUCCCAGAGUCUACCAAUCAGGGUCUCCCAGAGUCUACCAAUCAGGGUCUCCGGAGUCUACCAACCAGGGUCUCCGGAGUCUACCAACCAGGGUCUCCGGAGUCUACCAACCAGGGUCUCCCAGGGUCUACCAACCAGGGUCUCCCAGGGUCUACCAACCAGGGUCUCACAGGGUCUAUCAACCAGGGUCUCCCAGAGUCUACCAACCAGGGUCUCCCAGAGGUCUCCCAGAGUCUACCAACCAGGGUCUCCCAGAGUCUACCAACCAGGGUCUCCCAGUCAACCAACCAGGGUCUCCCAGUAUCUACCAACCAGGUUCUCCCAGAGUCUAUCAACCAGGGUCUCCCAGUCUACCAACCAGGGUCUCCCAGUCUACCAACCAGGGUCUCCCAGAGUCUACCAACCAGGGUCUCCCAGAGUCUACCAACCAGGGUCUCCCAGUCAACCAACCAGGGUCUCCCAGUGUCUACCAACCAGGGUCUCCCAGUAUCUACCAACCAGGGUCUCCCAGAGUUUACCAACCAGGGUCUCCCAGGGUCUACCAACCAGGGUCUCCCAGGGUCUGGGCCUGUUAA